AUGAAUGUCGUGAUUUUAAGUUUUUUCGCGUUGUUGGGGGUUGGUCUUUUGGAAUUCACCCAAGGAGAAAAAUGUCCAUCAAAAUGUAUUUGCUUCAAAACCACCGUUCGGUGCAUGCUGGUUCACAUCGAAAGAGUUCCACAGAUUCCAAAAGAUACUACCAUGUUGUAA